AUGGCGUCUUCUGCAGACUCAUGGACAGAAAACAAAGAAGAACCUGCAGAGGCAGAAACAACGUACAAGGCGCUGCCAUCGGACAGCAUUGUCAUAAUUGGGGGAGAUGCGGAUCUUGUGGUUCAGUGCCUAGCCCUACCCUACACUUCCAAUCUAUUCGUCUACAAUCCACAGAAUAUUACCCAUUCCAAGAACAUUAGGGUUAUCUAUUCUCUUCGUGCCUUGUUGGGAGAACUAGAGCGGCUAUUUCCAGGAAAUUCACAUCUCGUCAGAAACGAUUUCGCCCUCAUGUGCAUUCUGAACGGCAAUGAUUAUCUUCCAAAGCUACCAGGAUUCUCCUUCGCCCGAUUCUCUGCUGCCUACGAAGCAACACGCCGCAGGCCAGAAUACCGUGACUCGUCGUGGGUUGAUGCGGAGCAAAGAUCUUUUAAUUGGCCCUUUUUUUCCGCUUUUAUAGAGGAGCUGGAUCGGCUACAAAACGUAGAAAUGGUGGCGAGGCAAAGAGAUAGUUGCGUUCGUCUUGCUGGGCCGAAGACGCCCAGCGGUUUGUGCAAGGCAUCUCCACUGCAAAUUGUAAAUCAGCUGGUGGCGCAAAAGCGCCUUGUGAUGUCCAGUGCAGACGGUGCAACCCGCGCAGUCAAAAAGCUACGGUGGUGUUUCCAAGAGAACCAGGAUGGAUUUGUCUGCGACAUUGAUAUUGUGGGGGUGAUGCCGCACGUCAUGCGGUCAUCCACAGUCACGGGACCCUCGGAUUCCAAAGAAGCGGUUCAGCCUGAGGGCUCUGUCCAUGCGGGGAAUCUUCCGCAGUCCGAGGGGUCUGUUGAGUCUAUUUGCACUAACAGGUGUGUGGCCAGCAGUGCGACGGACAAGAAAACAGCCCAGCAGAGAGCGGCCUUCAAGUUGCUACAGAUAUAUUUCCCGGAGUUGCUACCUCUCGUGGAUGAGGGCCCUUGGCGUGAGACAGCUGCAGUGACUACAUCAGCCCAUACGGGUGAUUUUUCGGAAUCUGGUCCCAUCUCUGCCGCGACAUUCCAGAAAGCGGCCUCUACGCUUCGUGUUACGACUCCGUCGAAUACUCUCAACAAUCUCUGCUUGGUGGCCCUGCAUAGCCCUCCCACAUUUUGCUUCGUAUAUCCAGCUGAGGGCAGCAACAGUUGCCACCAUGAGAACAGCGAGGGCGAAAAAGGUACUGCAGAGGGCAACAUGGCAUAUGAGGGAGGUCUUAAGGACAAAUUCCCCAUCAUACAAGCUUCCCACACCUUCCAAGUGGACGUACUCGUCAAAGAGCAAGUUGUGUUCUCGAGCAAGUUUAACGGUGGAAGCAACAUCUCUAAGGCGAGAAUCAAGCAUGCCGUUAGUAUGCAGGCUCUGGAGACUUGGGCCCCCGAGUUGUAUCACGCGUUGAGGGCGCAGAACUGGUGCAAGAACGGCUCCCAGACCGCCCCAGGGGGGCCACCAGCAGGAACGAGGCAGGAACAUGUUAAGCUUGAAGGUAAAGAAAAAGAUGAGGGAUCCGGGCCCACCGAGGCUAGUACAGGAGACCCCACGUUCUCCGUUGAGGCACAUGUGGCCAGCGAGCGCGAAAAGGCACGAGCAUAUAUUCACGGUGAGAAUAUGAGCAAGAUCGAAAUAAUUAACUUGAAGGACAGAUAUAAUUCGGAACUUGAGACCACAUAUGUCGACGGCAUUUGCCCCGACAAUUUGUGGUACUUCACGUAUACUUCUGCGCCGUCUCUGUUGGCCAUUCGCGAUGUGGUACAGCAGCAGCUCAGAACAACUGAUGGCGAUCCCUUUUCGCGCCUUCCUCCAGAAAGCUUUGGUACAGCAAAGGAAGCGAGCAACACAAAAUACAUCGCCCGUUCCGAUACACCCCAGCCAGUCCCGCAGUGGCUCUACAGCGCGGCACUCCUGCCGAAGUCCGCGCUCGAAGCACUGUACGCACGAGAAAAGCAGACAGAGGGCCUUCCAGAGGCCCCCUUCGCCAAACAACUUUUAAAGGCAAGGGCUUUCCUGGAGGCCCUACUGGACAAGAAAAAAGCCGCUCCGUCUCUCGAAUCCUGGCAACUGCCACAGCAGGCCAAUUUACAGUGGCUUCUACGUGGAACCCCAGCCGUCCUCCAGAGUCCAACAACUGCAUUGGGAGGAGAAAGCAUAUUCUCGCAAGGAAGCCGAGGAGACACAACCGUUUCUCAAGAUGAUCUAAUAACAGCAGACACCAUCCUGUUGGCUCUGCACGUGCUCAACAAGAAGCACCAACAAAUGGAGGGCCGCCAUGCUGCAGAAAAUGCCGACAUUGCAUCUUUUCUGGGCCCUCAUGUUGGCAGCUUCUGGACUGUACUUCGGAGAGAACCCAGCAAGGAGAUCGCGUGCCCCCCACAGAAAACCGUCCGGAUACCUGUUUGGCUCACACGAGAAAGUACGGCACAAAUUUUUUCCCCGUCGGGCCGCGAUCGGCCUUGGAGCAAAGAGUCUACAGAUAAAGGCCUGUGCACUUUCUCCCUACGCAUCUCCACCAAACAGGAUGACAGGACUAGACGACUGAACAUGCCGAAAGAAAGGUCUGCCACCUCUCUAGACGCAGGUCAUAUGCCCUUCCGCCCUGCGACAGGACAACACACCCUCCCUACUGCCAAGCGGCCGCCCUGUAGGCCCCCGGCAGGAACAGGAGGGCAUGUAGGUUUGCAAAUUGAGGGCCAAGUUGGUGCUCGAAGAGCCCUUAACUUGUUCACAGGGAGCUACCCUGUAUCUUCUCUCCUAGCAGGAGGAGGAGCCCACAGAGGCUGGGGGCAAAUGUCCUCCCUGAAGAGCACAUGUUAUAACAUUUGCGGUGAGGGAUCAUCGCAAGGGGUCCUAGAGGCUUCUUGGAGAGCCCUACAAACAGCAAAUUUCUUCCUAAACCGCCGGCUUCUAGGGAGAACAAUCGCGCCUGGGAAGCACCCUGCCCUGCAGUGCAGGUGCUGCUACAGAGGGUGCUGA